AGCAAGUAAAAUAAUAUAGCAAGUACAAAAGAACAUGCCAAAAAUUAGUGAGUAUAAUGAAAAAGAAACUAUGAAAUUGGACGAAUGUUUCAAGGAAACAUUAGCACGUGUUAGACCUUUUGUCUUAGCAUUAACAUCUAUUGAAACUGCAGAAUUAUGUAAAAUUUGGCUUAACAAGUUAAAUUCUGUUACUUCGCAACGUCGCCUAAGAAACGAAUAUCUUAUGGAAUUAUUUAGGCAAUUGAAGAUGGGACAUAUUGGAGGAAUAUUUAGUAGACCUCCACCUAAUGGAUUCCUUUUACCAUUACCUAAAUCGUAUCAUAUGGUACCUAUAUUAGACUUUAUGAAAUUUAUUGUAAUCAAAGAAUAAUCAAUGUGUAAUACAGGUUUGCAUUAGUUCAUCUGUAAGUAACUUAUCAGAUUAUACCAUGACAUCUCAUCAUAGUUGUUUAAAGUCAACACAUCAGCGAAAUAAAACAUUAUUAAAACAUCGUAUGAUGGAUAUAAAUAUGAAUCAAAAAUGUUUACAUACUAUGAAUCUUUCACCGACUAUUCAAGUUCAUAAUCAAAGUAUAGUAAAAAAAAUGUCGACUAAAAAUUUUUGAGCGGCAUAUUGAUGCACUGAGUUCCGUUAUUGCAGAAUUACAGACUCAAAAUGAACAUUUAAGGAGAGAAUUGUCAGAAUAUCCAGAAAAUCGUAACAGAAACAUGAAUGAUUACUUAUCUUCAAGUGUUAGUCAAUUAACAACUGAUGUUAUUAAUUUAAAAGCUAAGUUAGUAUGCAAAUAAAUAUAAUAAUAAUAAAG